AUCUAAAAGCAAAGGGCCGUCUUAUCACAGUGCAGAGGUAGUCAGGCUGAAUUUGUUUGUUUUUCCACCCAUUAUCUGCAUGGGACAGUAGAUCCAAACAGCAGGAUUACUGAGAACAUGUGAGCUGAAAGUGUAACUAGCAGCGUUUGGUCCCCUCGUCACCUGCUAGUUUUUAUGGGGUCAACAGGUUUUUGAAUGUCUGCGCAUGAAGCUGCUGGUAAUGCAACGAAAGUUGGUGACCUGUGCCCGGUGAUUGCACUGAUUUCAUGAGAUCUACUCCUUCAUCUGGGGGAGAAGAGUCCUGUGUCCACCAGGCUGCUACGGUCAUAAAUGGAAGAAGAGAGGAGGACAGGCUGGACAGGCGGAAAGUUGUCCACUUCCUGCGGGAAGCAGAGAAGAACAAGAGGCAGAUUGAAAAACUGGAGAAAGAGAGGACCCUGAUCGCUCUGUGCAGAAAGAACAACUGGACAGAUGUGACUGAGGAACUAGAGGAAUGUGAAAAAGUACACAGGAAAGAAAGAACUGCUCAAAAGGUGAACCUUCAGAAGCAGCUGGCGAAGAUCCGUAACGGUGUGAGGACAUUUCAGAGACAUCUAACUGAUGUAAAGCCGACUCCUGAAUUGAUUGAAAGACUCAAAGAAAUAAUGUCAGAGGUGGAAGUGUCAAUAAAUGCUCUAAAGGAGGAGCAGCGUUUACGCUUUGAGGAAUAUUUAAAGGAGGAGUGGACGUGCAGGCAGGAGGUUAUUGCUUAUGAGAAGAAGAUUGAAAACUGGAGUCUUCAUGUUAAAUCAAACCCCAAAUUACCCGCAGCAUCUACGCUCAAGGCCAAGCCCCCCAACAGAGACCUCCCUGCAGAGGUCAAAGCUUUGGAGGAUUUCCUGCAGAAGACAGGCGGUCCUCAUGGAGGCUGGGACCAGUUUGAUCAUCAAACGUUCUUAAAAGUCUGGGUGAAGCACGGUGGGCGCUCAUCGUACGGGAAAGAGGCCAAGCUGUACCUGCCGGGUAAAACACAGGAGGAGAUCCAGCAACACGAGGACUGGCACCAGGAGCUGCUUCACCUGCAGGACAAGAAGAGAGAGGCUAUUCGACGUUGGAAAACCAGUAAAGAUCAAGAACGGCAGACGAGGAUCCAAAGUCAGGAGGAAAUGGAAGAGGCACAAAACAGAGGGAGGAAGGUCAGGAGCCUGGCUGAGCAGCAGCAGACUGAGGAGGAGAGAAUGGAGGUGGCACGGCGCCUGGAGGAGUGGAAGAAAGAGAAGAAAAGAAGAGAGGAAGAAGAAGAAGAGCAGAAAGUGGCUGAGGAGAUUCAGAGGAGGAGACAGGAAAAGGAGGAGCGCCGCCGACAGCUGGAGGUAAAGAUGGCCCUUGAGGAGCAUCUGCGAUUGAGGCGAGAGAAAGAGGAGGAGCAGGAGAGGAGAAAAAGAGAGAAGGAACAGAGAGAAAGGGAGGAGAAGCAAAGGGAGGCAACUAAAGUCAUCAAAAGCUUCAGUGAAAGGGAUCUUCACAAGGUGGAGGCAAAGCUUCACGAGAGACAGCUGAGGGAAAGAGAGGAAGAGGAAAGGCAGAAGAGAAUCACCGCUAAACUAAAGGAGAAGAUAGAUGGUCAGGUAAACCGAGACCCCUCCAGGUUGAUUCGCCCCACUAAGGGAUGGGAAGAAAGGAUGAAACACGUUGGACCUUCAGGGGAAGGACCCAUGCUGCAGAUGUUUCACAGAGCCAUCCCCACUUGGAGACAAGGGCUGUGAUGUCGCCAUAUUGCCGAGUCCUGCAGUUCAGAGUCCAGAGCCUCAAAGGAUUGAAACUUUUAUGUUGUGUCAUUGCGUUUUACAUUAUUACAGCAAUAAAUUUCUAAAUAAGCCUUGAUAUACUGCACUGAGAUUAGGAGCAAAUAGAAAUAAAAGAGCACCACAGCUUAACCAGUUUUUGAACAGUAGGAAAUCUACAAAAGAUUGACAGAGAUGCAAAGGAAAGGUUCUACAAUGAGGCAGACAAAGCUUUCUUGGGGGCUUAUAUCUGCUAACAAUUCAAUGGUAAAAAAAAUAAAUGGUCAAAGUUCAAACCUAAGUCUAAUCAGAAAUCUGUGGCAAGACUUGACAACUGAACUGAUUGCAAGAAAUGCUCACCUUUCAACAUAUUAGUUUUGGUUAAUAAUAAUGGACAAUCCUUUUAAAGUCUCUAGGCGCAAAGUUGGUGGAGAGACACCCCAGACUUUAUUAUUUAGUCAUUUAUGUUAAAGCAUAAUUGGAUUUGUACCAUAAACAAUAAUUUUUCUAUUAACUGAACUGACAUUAACAUUGGUCUGAUGUUGUAUCUUAACAUUAAAUAACAAAAAUAAAGGCUUGGAAACACCA